GCGUGGUGAGUGUGGCUCGAUACGAGGCGGGUGUGUGCGCUCCAGUUGUACCGGAGGAUGAACGCGGACAGCGGCUGCACGGCGGCUCUCCUCCCUGGUGAAAGCAGCCGGGGAGAAAGCUGAACGGGCAGGAUCGAUAUGCAGGGGACGAAAUUGCCUUAUUCAUAAAAAAAAUAAAUAAAAAAAAGAACUAACGCGGGAUAUAUCAGGAGUGCAAAGAUGACUGAGGGCAGACUGUGCCAAGUGCAGCUGCUGGAUGACAGGAAGCUGGAGCUGCUGGUUCAGCCCAAGCUGCUGUCGUAUGAACUCCUCGACUUGGUUUCCUCUCACUUCAACCUCAAAGAGAAGGAAUUCUUCGGUCUCGCAUUUUUCGACGACAAUGGUCAACGUAAAUGGUUGCAGAUGGACCGCAGGGUUCUCGAACACGACUUUUCCAAGAAGUCCGGGACCGUUGCUCUGAACUUCCUGGUCAGGUUUUAUGUAGAAAACAUAACACAGCUGAAGGACAUCAUAACGGUGGAGUUAUUCUUCCUAAAUGCCAAAUCUGCUGUCUAUAAUGAGGUUAUAGAAGUGGAAAGCGAGAACGUCUUCAAAUUGGCUGCGAAUGCCUUACAGGAGGCAAAGGGAGACUACACAAGUGAUGAAAGCACCCGAGCUGAUCUGAAGAAACUACCGACUCUUCCCACCAAAGUGCUAAAGGAGCACCCGUCUCUUGCUUACUGUGAGGAUCGAGUUAUUGAAUAUUACAAACAGCUGAAAGGAGUCUCCCGAGGACAGGCCAUUGUGCAGUAUUUGACGUUGGUGGAAUCCUUGCCCACGUAUGGCGUGCAUUAUUAUGAAGUCAAGGACAAGCAAGGGAUCCCGUGGUGGCUUGGGCUCAGCUAUAAGGGCAUCGGCCAGUAUGACCUGCAGGACAAAUUAAAACCCAGAAAGCUUUACCAGUGGAAGCAGCUGGAAAACUUGUACUUCCGUGAGAAGAAAUUUGCUGUGGAAGUGAAUGAUCCACACAGGCGAGCAGUAACCAAGCGCACAUUCGGACAGACGGGCCUACUCAUACACACGUGGUAUGCCAGCCAUUCUCUGAUCAAAACCAUUUGGGUCAUGGCGAUCAGCCAGCACCAGUUCUACUUGGACAGAAAGCAAAGCAAAGUUAAGAUAGGAACAUCGAGAAGUUUGGAGGAAAUAGCCAUGGAUCUCACAGAGCAUGGAGGAGCAAAAAUAAACCGACUGGGAGAUGCAGGGCUGAAGAAUAACUUAAUAACAGCCAGCAAUGGGAGCCUGGUGUCUACAGGCUCUGCAGACUCUGAAAUGAGUGAGGAGCAGAAGAAAGAGAAACUUUUUGAGCUGAGGAAAAAAGAGCAAGAGAUCCAAGAUAUCUUGGCAAAGAAAACAAAAGAGCUGAAGAAAAUUUGCCUUAGAGAGGCGGAGCUUAUUGGCAAGCUGCCAAAAGAGUAUCCCCUCUCAUCAGGUGAGAGACCGCCACAGGUCAGGCGACGAGUUGGCACCGCUUUCAAGCUGGAUGAACUUUUCCCCUACAACGAGGAUCCCUUCCUGAGGAACCUGGAGAGCAGGUUCGCCCUGCAGCAAAAGAUUGUGGAGGCGGCCAAGAAGCUGGCGAAUGAGCCAGAGCUGUGCAAAACGGUGAAGAAGAAGAGGAGGAGAAACUGUCUGGAUGCCAUGCACAAACUCCAGCUGAUAGAGGAUGAGAUGAACCAGUACAGAAUCAAGAAGGGCAAAAAGCCAACUCAGCGGGCGUCAGUCAUUAUUGCAGAUGAGCUCAUCCGUUCAGACUGCAGCUCUCUGUCUAGUCUCCCACUGGAUGAUGAUGACUCAGACACUGCGAGUCAGAGGCCUCGGUCCCGGUCGGUCCAAGGUUCCCCUCAGCUCAGCCCGAUGCGGACGCUGGGGACAGAAUAUGACGUGGAGAGGCCGGGAUGUCCAAGGGAAAAUCACCAUAACAAGAACCACAGCAGACUAGCUUUUGAAAGCCAGGAGGCUUCCCACUGCUACCAGAAUCCAAGAGAGAUUUCCUCCACCCACAGUAGUCCCUAUAAAACACUCCCCAGACCUCCUCGAGAUCCGCGCAGCAUGCCGCCCACCCCGGUUAUGACCCGCAAUGCCUACAGCAGCAGCCAGCUCAGGUCGGAGGGCUCCCCUCACUGCUUCAGGCAUCGCAGUGGAAGUCUGGAGUCUCAGCCCCACAUUAGAAAAGACACAGACCCAGAGAAGCCCAUCUUUAUCUUAUCUCCAGCCCAUCGCAGCAACAGCACAGAGGUGUUAGAGGACUGCUCCUCCUACACCAGCCAGUCCAGUCUGGACUACUGCGGGGCGGCCAACUCCCACUACAGUACUCUGGACUCCCGGAACUCCACCAUGCAUCGUCUACACAGGAAGGUGGAGGUCUAUGGAAAUACUGGGAGUAUGCCCAACUUGGUCCAACACCAUUCUGGUUGUAAUUUCUCAUGUGAGACCCCAGCACACUAUACACCCAGUGCCUACUACGUCUCCGGAUACCCCUGCCCGGACAUGGAGCCUUACGCUAACGGUGCCUACGUGUAUGAGAAUGACGUAGAAGGCCACUACAACGUCAACCCUUCCUACCAGGUUAACGGGUACCACGGACAUGACAGAUUCAGGCAUUACAGCAGUGACCGGGCAGAUGGUCUUUCCCAGAAUCCCUACGCAACAGUGAGGCCGCCGCGAAACAGAGAGGGGCCCAGGAAUGAGCUGCUGGCCAAAAACAUGCAGAAGGCCCUGGUGGCAGAGCACUUGAAGGGCUGGUAUCACAGAAAUAAGAGCCCCAGGGAGGGAGGGAGGGGGAUGCUGGCUGGAUAUGACUUUGACAACGGCUCUCAACUCAGCCUGGGCUAUCAGACCAUGCCGGCUGCUUUCAGCCACUCCAGCAGGACGACCUCCUUUUCUUCAGUGUCUUCGGUGGAAAGCUCAGGUAACUGGCGCAACCAGUUGGCAGUUGGCCUGACAGAAUACGAUUCACCCGACACACCUCAUUACCCACACCCUGGAGCUCCGUACAACCGCAGUCCUACACACAGAUGUUCUCCAGACAACAAAGUGUCUGACAAAUUGCCUAAAAAAUCUGAGUCAGUUGAGGUGGUUGGCUCUGAAGCCACUAGUACAGAUGAACCAUCAGACAACCAUUCUAGCACUUAAGGAUUUCACCUGGAUGGAAGCUACAUGAGCAUUCGCUGAAGAGGACCAAACCAAACUCUGGCAGAACUAAAGCCAUGGCCAGCAGCACAUGAAGGGGAUGGAGUUGAUACAUGGGCAGUACACAAACUUUUAUUCUGUUUGGGUUUUGGCAGUCUGUGUGUACACUGUCCUCAUGUUGACGUAACCUCCGAAAACAGUGAUGACACUCAUGAAUGACUUUUUCCAUGUGCCUUGGAUUGGAUUAAUUGUACAUUGUACAGGGCAGAUGAGAAUGUUGUCAAGAAACUUGAAGGUGUUGCACAACCACACUGGAAUCAAACCGCUCUUGUGUUUUAAAGAUGGAAAAAGAGGCAACAUUUGUUUUUGAACAAAAUCCAACUCCAUGUAUUUGAACUGGAACUAGCUACUGCCUUAUAUAAAACAGUAGGUUAUUGAAUAAAAGUCAUUGUCACCACUUUCAUCUCAGUUAAGUAUGAUACAAUAUAAAGUCUUGAUGAAAACAGCGUUUGAACAUGUCCAAAAUGUGGCAUACAAAGAACAUUCAUUAGAGCAGACUGUGUGUAUGAUGAAUUUCCAUUUCUUCCUUUCUUUAAACUUUGAAUCAGAAUGUACUUUGUCAAUAUUGUUUAUUGAACCAUUUUUCUUUGUUGGUGCCGUAAUGUGUUUUUAAAAUGCAUGGUAAUGAUUUUAAUUUUUUGAUAAGAACUUCUUUUUUAUAUCAACAAAGGACCACUGCCGUAAGACGCAUAUUCAUAUCUUGCUGUUUGUUUUCUCACACAUUUGUACAGUCAGUGUGUAGUUCUAUGUUAGAUGUUGUCAUUAAAUAUUUUCCACUGGGAACAA